AUGUACACCUACCAAAUGAAACCAACAUCGAAAGCUUCUGCUGCACUCCUAAUCGGCUAUUUAAGUAUAUCCACAACAUUGCCAUUUAUCUUGUCAUACAAAGAGUCCACGAUGAAUCUAAAUCAAGACAGUAAAGGUACAGCUUCAUUUAGGUCGCUUUUUACAAAGAUAUAA